AAAAAAAUUGAAAAGUUUGUUGAAGUCUUUCGAAAAUAUUUGCUAUUAAACCACAAAGAAGUUUAGAUGACCCUCAAGAGAGAGCAAAAAUACAAGAACAGAAGAUAGUAAGCUUAUAAUGGACCCGUUACAAAGGCAAUCCUAUCACCAUCACCAUCACUAUCAUCCCGUGUGUUUAUUUAGUGAUGAAACAAACGUUUAAUUCUGAAAAGUUGUUCUGUCAUGAAGAAAGAUCACAUAUAUGAAUUAGUUUUUUCAUGACAACAUUAUUAUGCCCUCAGCAUUCCCAAGGGCGUCGGCGGCUGUCGAUUGAAUGGUGGGCGUAACAAGCUCACAAGGUAGGAUGCAGUGGGCUAGGUCAUUGUGGUAGGCGGGCAGCUCUCCUCUCCUUAUUGACAGGCUCAACAAAAUAGUGUGGCCUUUCCCUCUUGUAUAUUACCGCUAGUACGAGGCACAGCGGGAGAGGUGGUGGUACGAUCCCUUGGGCUUGACCUGCGCGGCUACCCCACUACCACACCACCUGGAACGUAUUUCACACACACACACGAACCCAACGUCUGAAUCACCCGAACCCCACACUCGUAACAGUAUUUUCCCAUCAAUGACUCCUUUGAACGUUUUGAAAACCGCAAUAACUUCCUCAAGAGCUGGUCAUAAUUGUGAGUCUUAUUACAAUGCAUUUCGUAAUCUCCAACGUACCAGAGAACUUCCAUUCGGCUGAUUUAAGGAAUUUCUUCUCGGAGUUCAUAGAAAAGAGGGCAUUUAACUGCUUCCAUUUCCGCCACAGACCCCAAAGUAAUUUAUUAGAUAUUCUUAACAAGUCUCUUAUCUUGUCUGAUGUCAAGGUGUCCCAGGGUGAAGUUACUGGGGAUAAGGGUGAAAGUGACCGCAGGGAGACAACUAACAGAACUGCUAGACAAACAGACAGCAGCAGUGGCCACAGGGAGAGUGGUGACAGAGAUGCUACAGGGAGAGAUAUAGGGAGUGGUCACAGGGAGGGUAGUGACAAAACUGCUACAGGGAGAGAAAGUAGCAGUAACAAUGGCUGUAACUCAAGCGGGUUAUCAGAGAAAACAGAAGUUAGUGAGCGUGAGAAUGUCAGCCUGGAUAGCAGCACAAAGGCAGAGGUUGAGGGUGAAGCCAGUGAGGGAUCCAAGACUCACUGGCUAAAUUCUGGUCUUGCUGGUCUUGCUUCUCUCAUCAAUGAGAAGAAGAAGCAAGUUAGGUCAAGCAAAAAGUGGCCUUAUGAUCUUGAAGAAGUUGCUGGUAAGAUAUCUAGUGGGGUUAAGGAAGCCGGAAAUGUAUCUGAGGGGGACAGUAGCAGUGAGGCAAGGAACUCGAGUAGAAAGCAGCCUUCCUCAUCCCUUGUGGAGGUGCUAUCCCCACUCCAGGAGGAGGCAUCAAAGAGGACCUGCUGUGUGGUAGAUGUGAAGGACAGCCUUCAGGAAACGUUUAUAAGGAAGUACGACCGCAAGCACUGGCUGACUCGCUCAGGUGAUAUCCUGCCCCAGCGCUGCUACCUCCUCAAGGUGGACUUCAGGGACUCAUCUCAGAGCAGUGGCAGUGAAGAGUACAAAACCCGAGAAGAGUUCAGUGCCCUCAGCCUGGUGUCCGGCAGUGUCCAGGACCUCUUGGAGUUCCGGCCACCCCCUAUCAUGCCUCAGGGCAAUGUGGGCACACCAACACACCACUUCAGGGAGCUGAUCCGAACUUGCCAGAUGCCCGGGACACUGAUCAAGAAGCUUGGCCUGGAGUUCCCAAGAGGAAGAGGCAAGAAGCGGUUUGGCCAAGUGCCUUUUGACUAUGGAACAAGUGUGGUGGCUGGCCAGGAGGACAGUGAGGGUCAGAAGGAGGCAGACAUCGCCUUCACUGCCACUGGCCACCUCAUUCCCAGCUCGGCAGACUUUGAGGAGCAGCAGAGGAGGAGAAAGAGGGAAAAGAAGAGGAUGUCAUCUAAAGGACCUCGACUAGAACUGGAGAAGGAGGAAGAGGAUGGAGCUGAAGUGGAGGAGUGGGAGAGGUACGAGUCCUUCCAUGAAGAUGUCACCUCCCAGGACCGCAUCAAGGAGAGGCGCUUUGAAGAGGAACUGGAGGUGGUGUGGGAGAAGGGCGGGUCUGGCCUGGUCUUCUACACAGAUGCCCAGUUCUGGCGGGCACAACAAGGCGAUUUUGAUGAACAGACGGCUGAUGAGUGGGAUGUGGACAUGUCUGUGUACUAUGAGGAAGGUGCUGGGGACAGAGAUGCAAGGGACAGUGCGGAGAUGGUGCAGAGUGACAAGCUGAAGUCAGGCAGUCUGGCACCAUCUGUGUUUGUGAGGAGAAAGGGAGAGGAAGAGGCAACCAGCAAAGCAAAGAGAGGGAGAGGGAGGAGGAAAAUAGGUCCCACACUACCCCCGACCAUUGGGAGAUUUGAAGCCCACACUCGAGGGUUUGGCCGGCGUAUGAUGGAGGCUCAGGGGUGGAAGGAGGGCCAGGGGCUUGGGGUGGGAUCAGCUGGGAUGCCCUAUGCCCUGGAGGGAGAUGGACAGCACCCACAUGACCGAAAGGGUUUUGGGUACCAUGGAGAGAAGCUGCAAGGGUGGGCGUCCUCCUCCUCUACCUCUUCCUCCACCACAACACAAAGACCUCAGCACCGCCACCACCGCAUCUCCACUAUAUUUGAUCGGGCAGAAGAUGCAGACCCUCCCGCACCCACACUCAGAACACCUGAGCCAACUGCCCUCUCCCAUCGCCCUCGCUGAAGGGAACCUUACCCUUGUCCUGAAGCCUUUCACUGUGAUACACAACAAUUCACAGCACAGAAUGGAAUCUUUAUGAGCAUCUACAAGAAAAAAGGGGAUAAAAAGAAUAGGUUUUUGCAGUUAUAGGAGAUGGCUGUAGGAAAUGUCUCAGAGUGGCUAUUAAUUCAAGAAAAGUGUGCCGAAUUGCAGUGAGAGACUUAAACCUAAUGAGAAUUUGAUGGAGCUGUAUAGGCAUUAGUGCUCCAAAGGUGUUAAUGAUAGACGAGUCAGCUGGUCACAUUCUGGUGAGUUGUCCUGUCUGCUGAAGGGAAUCUUGUCCUUGUUGAGGAUGUAAUGGGGCUGUGUAGAUAGGAUCCAGUGCCCCAAAGUGAUGAUAGCAGGUAGGUCAGCUGGUCAGAUUGUGCUGGUUUAUGGUCUUGAAGGGAGUCUUGUGCUUGGUGGUGCUGUGAAGGUAGGUUCCAGUGCCCCUAAGGAAUGUUAAAAAAGUAGAAGUCCCAGAGUAAUAUUUAGUUAUUUUUGGUGCUGGUCAGACCUUCGAUAGAGUGGGAGCUGAGGGAUCCUUAGAGGCAAGGGUUUAAAUCAUAGCCAUGGUCUGAGGGUAGGAAGGGCAUCCACUCAGGGUAAUGGCUCCCAAAUGCCAAAUCCAAAGUCCUUCAUUAAGAGGCACUGUCCUAACUCUGAUAACAUUCCCUAAAAAAUGUUAUCUUUUGGAUAGGUGAGCUGGUUGGAUUGUGGCAAGUUGUCCUGUAAACUGCAGGGAGGUACUGUUCUACUUGAGGGUGCUGGAAGUCAGACUGGAAGGUUGAGAGCAGGUCCUGUACAAUGAAGGGUGGUACUGGUCUGCUUGAGGGUGCUGGGGGUCAGACUGGAAGGUUGAGAGCAGGUCCUGUACACUGAAGGGAGGUACUGGUCUGCUUGAAGGUGCUGGAGGUCAGACUGGAAGGCUGAGAGCAGGUCCUGUACACUGAAGGGAGGUACUGGUCUGCUUGAGGAUGCUGGGGGUCAGACUGGAAGGUUGAGAGCAGACCAUUUAUUACUGCCAGCUCUCCCUUCAGUUUCCGGAUGUAGUAUCUUUUAUUUUCUGUUUAUUUAUUUUUCCUCCUUUCCAAUGUAGUAUCUUUUACUCCAGUCAAUUUUUUUCCUUUCAAAUGUAUUUAUUUAUCUUUCUUUUUCUGUUCAUAUGGUAUUAACCUUAACAUAGACUUAAUUGAUGUGUAUUUGUAAAUAACAGUGGAGUAAUGUUUAGAUGUAUAUUUUUAUAACUGCUAUCUCUCCACUUUUCAAAUCCAGUAUGUUUGUAACUCCAAUUUCUUUUAUUUAACACUUCAGUAUUUUUAUAUGAGUGAUGGCUAUGAAGGAAAGUGUACCUGUUUUCUUGUGUUUUAAUAUUAUGAUAAAAAUUAUGAUGGUGUAAAUACGCAGAUGAACCUAU